AUCAACUCCACGGCAUCCCAGAACUCACGCGUCUCUCGGGCACUGUGCACUGUCUGCUCCUGACACCGGCGCUAUGGCUUGUCCCAUCACCGUCACCAAGUUCGUCGGCACCGUCUCCCUGGGCCUGCUGACGGGCAUGUCCUAUUCCACAUCAGCCAUCACGAUCCCGGCUCUCAAGCUUCUCCCAUCCUCCAGCACCGCCUCCCGCUGCUUCACCGAGGUGAAGCGCCUCAACCGCAAACACGCGCUGCGACUCUCCAGCAUCGCCAAUUGCUGCUUCCUAUUUUCAUUCAGCAUCUCCCCGCCCCGACGAAAGCACCCCUACCUAAUUUGGGUCUGCGUCAUCUCCACCCUGGGCACCUACGGUCUUGACUUCUGGUUCAACCGCCACCUGGGAUUGAAGACCUGGGCCCUGACUGCCAUUCAAGACAGCACCGGUCUCUGCCUGUCCAAGUCGUGCGCCAAGAAGGACGAGGAUCUUGUGGUCGUGGAGGCUGAAGAGGAUGUCAAUGGGGAGAGUGUCCAACGUGAGAUGGACAGUGAGCGCCGGAUGCAGCGCGCCCGCUCCUGGCUGGCUGCGAUCGCUCUCUCCAUGGGCAUUGUGGGCUUGUGGGGUGAUAAGAAGUGA